AUGCAAUGGAGACUACAGACUGAGAAAUACCACUCCACCAAUACCCACAGACAUCCAGACUUUCCCCCACGCCUUUCUGCCAGUAUGGGGAAGAAAAAUAAAACGCUUAAAGGCCUUACAGGGGAGGGAUCCCUUAAUAUCGGCGACCUGUUGUUACAGAGGCCUUGCCCCAAUAUGGCGGCGCAGCCAGACCACGGCUCCUCUACCUCCUCAGAGGCCGAUCCCCUUGAUGUGCCAGAUGCUAUACCGGACACUGGUUGCCUGAAUACACAUCUGCCCACAGCUGAACUCAAUACGCGAGCUACCAAUGGGGAUAUUUUGGAGCUGAUGAGGAAUAUGAGAAGGUUAUUUAACGCAGAUUUAGCAGUUGUUAGAGAGGAAAUCAUGGCAAUAACAGCUCGAGUACAGGCCACGGAGGGUGAAAUCUCAGCCAUAGCCCAUAGACAGACGGGCACCGCCGAACAACAAGCUCAACUCCACACCUCACAGCAGACACUGUCUCAUCAACUGGACGCCCUGGAUGACUAUGGGCGACGCAAAAAUGUCAAACUCAGGGGCAUAGCUGAAGCAAUAGGGGACAGUGAACUACUGCACAUUGUCCAGCAAAUGCUAGCCAGCAACUUACCCCAGUGA